GAAGGGAGGUGCACCGCCUCCGACCGCGGAGGCGUCUCCGCCUAUGCUGUUCGACUUGAACUCCAUCGCGGUACCGGAUCUUCACUUCAUGCCGCCGCCGCCUCGGAUGAGAUCUGUGGAUUUGGGAUGCUUUUCGGCCGGCGGCGGCGGCAACGACAGUGGCAGGAUCCAGAAAAGGUCCGUCGACGACUCCGCCCAAAAUUUCACCGACCGGAGGCACAAAAGGAUGAUUAAAAACAGGCAGUCUGCUGCUCGAUCAAGAGAUAGAAAGCAGGAAAGCUUACAUAAAUCAGUUGGAGGAGGAAGCGCACAAUUUGGUCGAAGAGAACGACAGGCUCAAGUUACAGCUUCAACAGCAGCAAUUGUGUGUUUCAGAAGCUGCGGCAGCUCCAACACUAAAAAAGAGCUCUCUUCACCGAACCUCAUCUGCCCCAUUUUGAGUAUGGCCUCUCCCAGAUGGAUUCUUUCUCUACUUAAAAGGAUGUCCCAAUUCAAGGCUUGGCUUUUUAUUCCUACUACACUACUACGGAGUACUAUUUUGACAAAAUCGUGUCCUAAUUUGAUGCAAUGUGUGUAUGUAUGUGUAAUUUUUACAGUGGACUGGAUAAAUCUAACAUCGAUCUUAGAAUGUAGGCCAGACAACAUGUAAUUCCAAAUAUGGAAGGCCAGUAACUUUUUUAUUUUUGGUUAAUGUAAAGGUAUGGUGGGAACGUAAGGUAGGGGUGGACCCUCACUGCCUAUAUAUCUUGUUUUUUUUGGACAACUUGUG